AUUAUCGAUAUAAUUAUUUGACACCACUUCAUUUUCCUGGUCAUGUUUUUUUCUUGUAUUUUUUAGUGUAAUAUCGUAUUUUCUUUAAGUUUUACAUGAGACUGCUGUUUCUAUCUAUUUGUACGAUAGAACAAAAAAACAAAUACUAGUUGAAUGUAAAAACACUGAAGACUGUUAAUUUCAAAAUGGGGAACCAGCACGGGAAGAAGGAGUCUAAAUUGCCUUUUACUUCGGAACAACUUAAAAUGUUAGAAGUAACAUUUCGUGCUUGUGGAGCACAUUCUGAAAAGUUACAAAAGGAGAAGUUGCUGGAAUCCUGGUCAGCUAUUAUCGACUCUCACUUAGCACAGUGCACUGCAAAUUUUCUUUUUAAAACGAUUCAACAGUCGCCAUCUGUAAUAACACUAGCUCGGUAUUCUGAACCGUAUUAUAUAGUCGAGAGUGGAACAAUUGAUGAAAAAGUGAACUUUCUGGCCGCAUCUCUUGAACAAACCGAUACAAAUCAAUAUACAAUUAAGGAACUAGAACAUUAUGUGGCUGCUGUUUUACGGAGUUAUUUAAAACUCGAAGCACAACAGUGUACAGAAGCAUUCGAGAGUUGGAAGCAGCACGGAUACCAGUCAGCGGAACGGACAGUUUACGCAUUUUCAAAAGGACUUAUUCGCAGCUUAUGCCAAGGUCAUGAUCAUUUCCUUAAUUUAAGUCAAUUGGAAGAAUGGCUGCGGACUAAUCCCACUUUUCUAAUAAUGUGGCUCGAAGUUUUUAAUUAUUUAUAUAGUAAAAAUUCCUCAAAGUCCCUUAAAUCGAGCUCUGCUCUAUCCUCAAAUUUACUGCCGGUAUUAGAUGGUUUAGCUAGUGGCACAAAUUAUACGCCCAUUUUAGAUAUUCCUCAUGUUAUAUUUGUGAAUAGUAAUUUGCCGAACGAACAUCGUAAUAAAUGGCGUUUCUUAUUCUCUUCAAAAAUAAUGGGCGAAAGCUUUUCAACAAUGUUAGGCAAGAUUGUGGGUCGGGGACCUACGCUAUUAGUUAUAGAAGAUGAGGAUCGUUAUGUAUUUGCCGGUUUUUGUCCAGAGUCGUGGUCGAUGAAAUCACAUUUUUUCGGUAAUGAAAGUUCAAUGCUAUAUACAUUGAGUCCAGCAAUGCGUUGUUUUAAUGCUACAGGAUAUAAUGACCAUUAUCAGUAUUUGAAUUUGAAUCAACAAACGAUGCCAAAUGGAUUAGGAAUGGGCGGACAGUUCAAUUAUUGGGGUUUAUGGAUUGACAGUGAUUAUGGCUCAGGACAAAGUAGCGAAUCCUGCACAACCUAUGGCGAUUAUGUACAACUAAGUAAACGCAAAGAUUUUAGAAUACGUAAUCUGGAAGUUUGGGGCAUUGGUGAGGAACCUAAAGAUGAAGAUUCGGAAGAAAUUGAAGGCGCUGGAAAGAAUUCAAUAUUGGAUAAGAAUUUAGAGGAUAAAGUUAUGCUCCAAUUGGCUGGCAAAGAAAUGCAUUCUGAAGGUCUCCGUGACCCUGACAUGGACUUGUGAAGAUAUAUUAAUUUAGGAUUAAGCUGAAAACUAAAUGUUUUUUUACUAUUAAAUGCGAUUAUAUUGUUAAUAAGUUUUCAAUGAUAUCUACAUAAAUACGAUGUAAUAUCGAAGUUAUACAAAGAAUAUUAUACACUAAGGCGUGUAUCCGUCAAAUAUUGUGCUUUUUACCUUUGAAUAUAUAUAUAAUAUUUAUGUGCAUAUCAUACCAAGAUGUAUUAAUGUUAUCAUAGCUUAUUAGUUUUUGUGAACAUUAACUUUUGACUGUGCCUUUGCUGAAACAUAUUUAACUAUACAAUAUGUAUGUAUACAUAUGCUGAGGAAGCCAUACGAAAUUUAAAAUUUAAAUUCUAAUAUCAAUUCCGUGCUUUUAAAUAUUUCUAUUACUUUAAGGACUUAAGAUUGUUGUUGUAGGUCCUUAUUAAUCCAGCCCAAGUUGGUGUUUUCAGGAAACUUGUUGUUUCGGUGGAGUCUAGGCAGAACAAAAACGAUGUUUGCUGAAAUUUAACUGUUGCCAGAUUACCUUUAUUAAUAUUUUACAAUAGUCCAAAAAUGCCACAUAAUUAGUUUAAUAGUUCCGGUUUUCUACUUCUACUUAAGUUGCUUCGCCUGUAAAAAGACAUCAUACGUGUAUUAUCCAGCAGCGACAGUUUGGAAGGUAUUAAUUUUCUAUUGUCACUCUUUAAUGAUUAAAAUUAUAGUUGUAUACUCCAACUUGA